CAAUACGACAUGAGAUAAGAUAAACGACCAAAGCAACCGAAGGUGAUUUUGGUAGAAGCGUUAGUUUGACCCCGUUUAUAUUCUAUGCUCUGCCCAACACCAAUGGGCAUAGACUGAAACAGAAGCACGAUGGAGUUACAAGCCUUGCCGGAGGGAUGCAUCGCUCACAUACUAUCAUACACCACUCCUGUGGAUGUAUGCAGUCUCUCCCUCAUUUCCAAGGCCUUUUGUUCCGCAGCUGAAUCCGAUUCUCUUUGGGAUCGUUUUCUUCCCUCCGAUUUGGUCUCUAUCAUUUCCGAAUCUUCAUCCUCUUUGCUCGCUACCUCUUCCUCUAAGAAGGCUCUCUAUCUUGCUCUCUCCGAUCAUCCCAUCAUCAUCGACCAUGGUACAAAGAGCUUUCAAUUGGAGAGAAAAAGUGGGAAAAAGUGUUACAUGCUUUCCGCAAGAGACCUCUCCAUUAUCUGGGGUGAUACUCCUGAGUAUUGGAACUGGAUAACCUUGCCGGGGUCCAGGUUCGAGGAAGUUGCUGAACUUGUACAAGUGUGCUGGUUUGAAAUUCGUGGGAAGAUAAAUGCCCAUGAGUUGUCGUCAGACACUAAUUAUGCAGCUUUUCUUGUAUUCAAGAUGAUCGAUGCAAGUGGGUUUCACUAUUGUCCCGUGGAGUGUUCCGUAGGUACAUUUGGAGGCCGUGGCUGUACCAAAAAUGUCUGUUUGGACCCAAACUUAGAAGAGACGCAACUCGAUGCUAGAUUCAAGGGCUUGCAACGUCCAAGUGUGAGAAGCGACGGUUGGUUGGAAAUUGAGAUGGGGGAGUUCUUCAAUUCAGGUGUAGAAGAUGAAGAAGUGGAGAUGAGUGUUAAGGAGACAGAGAGUAAUUGGUGGAAGCAUGGUUUCUAUCUUCAAGGAAUUGAAGUUAGGCCUAAAUUGUCUGUUCAUAAACACAAUGACCCAAUAAUAGGAGUUGGGCCUAGCUACCGCCCUAGGAGGGUCCUGCAAAAAUGGGGUGACAAACUAAAAAAUAUAUGGAAUCGUGGUUAAUUUUUACAAAUUGCGAGAGGCUUAAUUUAUAUAUGGAAAAAUAUUUUCUCA